ACCUUGACAUCAUUGGACACAUUUGGCGCCACACCUCAGCUAAAAUUCAGCCAGGGGCACGCGGUCCCGAGAAAUUGACAAGUUCCUGCUUCUCUGUCUCCCUCCUUUUUCUUCACCCCCUCUACCUUCUUCUAUGCACAGCCCUUGUCACCACCAUUAUCAGAUCUUUACUUUUCCAUGAGCGACCAGGUUCCUUGAUCUGCGAUCCUCACCACACUCCCUUAUGAGACGCACCUCGGUCUCGCUGCCGACGAGAAACGUAGCACACGACCCGCACGAGAAGCCCAACAGAUAUACUUCCAAAGGCGCAAGGGUUCGCGCCGCCAGCACACUGGAGCGAGUUAAAGCCGCCUGGAUGACUCAAAGUCAAAGAUCCAGAUACCUGAAGACGGGAGGCAUUCUGCUCUUCGUUAUCUUCCUCUUCUACUAUCUGUCCCCGAGUGGCGCCGAUGUAUAUAAUGGAGGUCCGCUGACAAACAUAGCAAGUUCCGGUGGUCAAACGGCCUCAGACUCUUCGGUUGGAACAACGAAGUGCUCGAAGUCCAGCGAUAAGUCGAAGCCGAUCGUCCAAUAUGCUCUCAUGAUAGAUGCAGGGAGUACUGGUUCUCGAAUUCACGUCUAUCGAUUUAACAAUUGUGGAGAUACGCCAGAACUGGAGGAUGAGAUCUUCGAAAUGACAAAGAAGAAGGAUGGAGGUUCCGGGCUCAGCUCUUACGGGGAGGACGCUGAAGGAGCGGCGAAGAGUCUGGAUGUUCUCAUGGAUGUUGCAAUGAAGCACGUUCCAGAGAAGCUGAAGGGUUGUACGCCGCUUGCCGUCAAGGCAACGGCAGGCCUUCGGAAAAUGCCAGGAAACCAAGCCCAAAAUAUCCUCGAUGCUGUCCGAACUCGGCUGGAGACAGUGUAUCCUUUCCCAGUCCUUUCCAAAGAGGAGAAUGGUGUUGCUAUCAUGGACGGAAGUGAUGAGGGCGUCUAUGCUUGGAUCACCACGAACUACUUACUCGGCAAGAUUGGAGGACCUGACGACAGCCCCACCGCCGCAGUUUUUGACCUGGGCGGCGGCUCAACUCAAAUCGUAUUUGAACCAAGAUUCAAGGCUGGCAAAGAUGGAAUGCCCGAGAAGUUGGCAGAGGGUGAUCACAAGUACAAACUUACCUUCGGCGGAAGAAACUUCGAACUCUAUCAACACUCUCAUCUUGGCUACGGUCUUAUGGCCGCUCGCGAGUCCAUUCACAAGACUCUCGUCGAGGAUAUCCACUCAGUCAACCCUGGGGACUCAACCUGGGUCUCGGAGCCAGUCAUAAACCCCUGCAUUGCACCAGGAAUGGCUCGUGCCGUCAAGGUCAAGCUUGAUGAAGAUCAUCCUCUUGGAAAAAUGAUUACAGUCAACAUGACUGGUCCUUCAUCUCCAGCUCCAGCCCAAUGCCGCAAGCUCGCUGAGAAGAUUCUAUUCAAAGAAAAGGAGUGCUCACUGACUCCUUGCUCCUUCAAUGGUGUCCACCAACCUUCCCUCGAGAAGACCUUUGCCAGAGAGGACGUCUACACCUUUUCUUAUUUCUAUGACCGCACUGAUCCCCUUGGAAUGCCCGAAUCUUUCACGUUGAAGGAGUUACAUCGCUUGACUGAUCAAGUAUGUGGAGGUGAAUCUCACUGGGAUGUAUUCGAGAGCGUUCCAGGUGCAAUCGAGGAGCUGAAAGGACGUCCUGAACACUGCCUUGAUCUCAACUUUAUGACCGCUCUUCUCCACACUGGAUAUGAAAUGCCAAUUGACAGAGAGGUCAAGAUUGCCAAGAAGAUAAAGGGCAAUGAGCUUGGUUGGUGUUUGGGUGCGAGUCUCCCGCUGUUGAGCCAAGGGUCAGGGUGGAAGUGCCGUAUCAAGGAGAUCUCAUGAUUGGUUCAAGGGCCAUGCAUUGCAGGCGUUAGGUUUCUUUUGUCUAAUCGGAUAAACGCAGCCAAAAGGUCAGCUGUUGGUAUAUAAUUCAUUCGAAGUUUGGUCCCCCGGAAUCAAGACAUGAGAUAUUUGAACGUAAAGCAUUACCCAAUCCCGCACUGGGAUCGGUCAAUCAUUACCCACAGAGUCCAUGCACGAGUGUUCAUAAGAUCCAAAACUUUGUGACUUAGCCAGGGAGUGCAAUGAGGGCGAAUGAUGUUGUGGAACCUUGAUCGGUCUUGGUUCAAGUUCGACUUCGAGUUCGCAAAAAAUAGUUGGUUUUUAUCGUUCUCUUGCGAGUACAAAGGAUCCUCUGAGCUUUCUCUCUAUUACAGUAUACAGAGGCCCAUCAUUGGUCUGUCUCAAUCGUCCUCUUCU